AUGUCUGAAGGUCUUCAGCAGCCUUCAAUUACUGCCCCUCCUCCCGUUCUGCACAGCCCAAGUUCUCAUCCAGUCCACCCGACCAUCCAGACGGAGGAAGCUGGGAAUUCCCCUGAACCACUUAAUGACUCCCAACUACCUUCUCCCACUUCAUCCAUGACGCAAAGCCCCGAUCCACCUGCAGUGUCCCAGAAGAACCUUGCGCCAUUCCUCCCUUCACACCGACGAGCGAAUACUGAAAUCAUCCAACGCCAAGUUCCUUUGUUGCCCAACCAGGCAAGAGCCCUAGACGACCUAGGAGAUACGGGCAGAUUCUCGCGUCUGUCAAGUGAAAAUACUACUAAAAGGAGGUUCGGAGAAAGCGCAAGGUUCCUGGCAGAUUGGUUUCAUGGAAAGUCGGAACCGGUGAACUUGUCAGCCUUUCGUGGUGCGAGAGAAACGGAUGAAAUGCAAGAAUACAGUACCACAGACAGGCGGCGUGAGAAGUCCUUGCCGCCGAUUCCCUCUGAGUCGUCCAUGCGUGCACAAAGGCGCGCGCCUCCACCGUCGCCGUUGAAGCAGGUUACCACGCCAAGCCGGUUUUCGUUCUUCGGGCUGAGACGACAGGAUGGGAAUAAGUCGGAGCUCCCAGAGCCUGCUGACGACGAGUUUCUGAAUCUGGAUAUCGCCGCGGUCUUGUCACCGCCAGGGUUGGCGGACCUGCUUCCAGAGGACGCAUUGGAUGCCAUCCAGAAGAACGCAGAGAAUGUCCUCAAACGGCUGCAGGCAGCGUACAAACAAAGGACAUUCGCCUUGCAUGAAAUCCUGGCAGAGAAAAAUGAAAAACAAGAAGAGCUGGAGGAAGCGCGGGUACAGAGCGGAAACCUCAAGUCCCAGCUAGAUGGAAUGGCCGAUAAGGUAUUUGAACAGGAGAAGGCGAUAAAAGCCAUGGCCGAGGAACUCGAACGAGAAAGGCAAGCGCGCCGAAAAGAGGAUGAGGCCCAUAGACGUAGUGUCGCUUCCCUUGCGAAACCAGCGGAUUGCGAUAGCAUUUCCGACCUCGGGGCUGAUCUUCAGACGUCGAAGAGAAGUUUCAAGCGCGCUAGCAAUUGCACUUUUACGAGCGACUCGGGCUUUGAAUCUGGGGAUGAAAGCAUCGCUGAAAGUGUAUUCUCCAGACGAGAUGGUAUUGAAUCGCCUGUUUCCUUGACACUGCCAUCACCAAAUAUGUCUCAAAUUGCUCUGGCUUCCCCGGGACAAAUGAUGCAAAAAGAAGCCAAGGCUCCUGUGCGCCCGGCACGUCAGUCAGCGUACGACAGGGUUAUCAAAGGACUUGCGUCUUCGAGCCUCGCAAACUCACUCAUGGGUCACUCAUCGAAGUGUAACAUUUGUCACGGUGUACCUGCCUCUGAAGCCUGGACUGUUCUGGGUAUCCUGAAGGAGGAAAAUCAUGGCCUGAAGGAGCGAUUGGUCGAACUUGAGAAUGCAGUUGAUGACUGUCUAUGUCUUGUUGGGCCUUGA